CUCGAGGGAGGGUUUCUUUUCUUGUGAAAUCAAAGGAGCUAUAUAGCUCUUCCUUUUUUUCAUUUUUUGAAACAUAUCAUAAAUACUUUGUUGAUGAAUCAUCAUUGUCCCUAAGCUAUAACCCUCUGAACCACAUUGUCUAGUCUACUUUGUGAACUAUCAUAUCCAAUGAUACAUCGCCCAAAUAAUUUCCAGCACCAAGCUCGCUUUUUAUAAUUGUUGGAUGGAUUCACUAAAAAGAAAUUAUCUCAAGUAAUAGUAAACCCCCCUUUCGGUUGCCAUUUGCCAAAGGCGUCAAAAGAAAAUAGAGUAAAAGCCUACUAGCCUGUUCUCAGGUUAAGGGAAGAAAAAAGGUAAAAAAACUAAGUUAUAGUGGCCCAUGCAGGUCUCGAACCUGCGACCUUCGCGUUAUUAGCACGACGCUCUAACCAACUGAGCUAAUAGGCCUUGAUACCAUUGUGAGAGGUUGGUAUUUAUAAGUUCCUAACUUUAUAAAUAACGGGCUUAUAAAUAGGCACCACUGCAAACGCUGCGGAAGUGCAAAGUGACUGCGUAGAAUAUGUAGAGGUUAUUGCAGCGAUGAGGAGUCUAGAACCUCGUUCAAGCUCUUCUUGUGCAGCUUGCAAGUUUCUGAAAAGGCGGUGCACCUCCAACUGCCAAUUCGCGCCGUAUUUCCGAUCGGACGAGCCGGCCAAAUUCGCCAAAGUUCACAAGGUGUUUGGAGCUAGUAAUGUGAGCAAGAUAUUGAAUGAGGUCCCCGAAGAGCAACGGGAGGACACCGUGAAUUCCCUGGUUUACGAAGCAGAGGUACGGCUCCGGGACCCGGUUUACGGUUGCAUUGGUGCCAUAGCUUCCCUACAGAAGAAGAUGGUUGAGCUCCAACAUGAUCUCAUUCUCGCCAGAGCUCGACUCGCUUGCUGUGUUCCCCCUGUUACGACAGUCACAACUGCACCACGACCCGCCUUGAUCACUACCAAUUCAGUGUUAUCUGAUGAUCAGACUUCUUCCCUCAUUGAUUUUUCAACUUAUAAUAAUCAUGAAAUUCCUAGUUGUAUUGGAUUGGAGGAGGUUUUCUAUCAAAAUUCAUCCAGGACGGGUCAAAAUGAAUGGAUGAAUGAAUUAGGCCAAUUCCCAUUUCAAUAAACAUUUCUGAUUCUGUAACCAGAAACAUUAUGUUAAUAAUUCUGCUUUCUCGAUCUAGUACUCUUACUCGAAUCUGCUUCAGUUAUCAUUGGUUAGUAUCGUUUAAACUAAAUCGUACGAUUAUAAGUUAAUUUGUACACAUGGGAUGAGACUGGCUUCAAUCCAGUAGUGAUCGGUCCCUACGUAGUUAAGUACUACUAAUACAUCAAUACAGCUUUCGUCAACUAAUGUCCUUUCAUUCUUUCGGAGCUAGCUAAGCAGCGGCUCUAUACAGUGUAUACAGUUUAAAGGGCCUCCUUUCAUUUGCAGCUUUGAGAUUUCAUUAUACAUCAUGAUCAGUGAAGUCUUGCUCAAAACAGUUGUUUCACAUCAUUAUCAUUUUGACCGAUUUCACAUAAGACAAAGCAAUUAAGUUUAUG